AUGGCGAAAACCGAAGAUGACGUCUACAAACCAGACAUCACGAUUUCGAUCAAAGACAAAAAGGUUCCCGGUGGAGUGUUCUGGAAUAGACAAGAAAAACGACAAUGGGCCAUGGCACUAUUUGCCGGGACGUCUAUGUUGUACGCCUCUCGUACAAUCAUGCCAAUGGCAGUUGUUGCAGUGUCAGAGGAGAUGUCUUGGGACAAGACAGAAUCAGGAACUGUCUUGUCUGCCUUUUUCUGGGGGUACACCAUGACGCAGUUUCUGGGUGGCUAUCUGAGUGACCGCAUCGGUGGAGACAUUGUCCUCCCCAUAGCAGCUUGUCUGUGGUCCCUGAUCACAUUCUGGACACCACAAGUAGCAUACCUGUCAACAGACAAACACAUGUCUCUCUACAUCGUUGUGCUGUCCCGAGUCCUGUUGGGAGUCUGUCAAGGGUUCCAUUAUCCAGGAAUGACAAGUUUAAUAUCAAGGAAGGUUGUGGAGCAGGAACGAUCUCUCACAUAUAGCUUUAUAGCCUCGGGAUCCCAUUUUGGCACUCUGUUGACAGGCAGUGUGGGAUCUCUCCUCUUAGACCGGUAUGGCUGGCAAAUGCCAUUCUAUUUCAUUGGUCUGUGUGGUCUGGGGUGGAUGUUGAUGAUGAGAUACUGUCUUGUAAACCAUCAUAGGAAAAAAUAUAUCAACCUACAUUUACAUGACGGGUCUGGGUACCCAGACAAAACAAAAGAAGUACAUGGAGUUCCAUGGAUCACAUUAUUUACAAAAGCUGCAUUCUGGUCAUUAAUUGUAGGCCACUUUUGUGAAAACAAUGCAUUUUACAUCCUCUUGUCAUGGCUGCCCACAUAUUUUCAUGAAAAUUUCCCCACAGCCAAGGGAUGGGUGUUCAAUGUAGUGCCUUGGGUCGUCACAAUACCCAGCUCUAUAUUCAGUGGCUAUCUAGCAGACAAGAUGAUUUCAUCAGGUUACUCAGUGACAUUUGUGAGGAAGCUGAUGCAGUUCAUUGCCCUCGGCGGCACAGCGCUGUUCCUCGUCAUCAUCACAUACACCACAUCGUACGAGGCGGCGCUCACCUGCAUGGCCCUCUCUGUCUGCUGCUGUGGCUUCCACAACAGUGGUAUCCUUGUCAACCCACAGGACAUCGCGCCUAAACAUGCAGGAUCAGUGUUUGGUAUAAUGAACAUGGCUGGGGCCAUUCCAGGUUUCAUAGGAGUAUACAUGGCAGGUCAUAUCCUAGAAGUGACCAAGAGCUGGAGUGCUGUGUUCAAUCAAACAGCUUUGGUCUGUAUAUUUGGACUGAUUGUCUACACCCUCUUUGGUACAGGAAAGAAGAUCAUUUAGACAUCCCCAGCACGUUGAAACAGCAACUGACAUUGAACCAUGGGAGCUAACUUCUCUGAACAGGUGCUUCAAUAUGAGGGAGAUAACCAACCUCUCAAAAACAUUGUCCAUGAUUAUCAGUUCUGACCAGAUUUCUCUAGCUGCUGGAUUCCAUUUCAAGGGAAAGAACUCUGUUGCUUUGAUGUCCUC